GUUGACCACUAUUGAUAAAGUAAGAACACUAUCUUCAUUCUUCCCCAUCGAUAACAUCUAAUUAGACUUUGUAAGAGUAAGAAUGUGGAUUUUCGGAAAGAAAGGGGAAUCGGGAUUUUCAUCUUCUUCAACAGCGGAGGAAGUUACCCAUGGAAUCGAUGGAUCUCGUCUCACCGCCAUUGUUACCGGAGCUACCGGUGGUAUCGGAGCUGAGACAGCACGAGUCCUUGCUCUACGCGGUGUACAUGUAGUUAUGGCAGUAAGAAACACCGAAAUCUGUAGAAAAGUUAAAGAAAAUAUACUUACUGAAUCACCUGAUGCUAAAGUCGACAUAAUGGAGCUUGAUCUCAGCUCUCAGGCAUCCGUACGGGAUUUUGCAACCAGAUAUCGUUCUUCAGGCCUUCCCCUACACAUUCUAAUUAACAACGCAGGGGUUUUGGCGCCAAAAUUCACGCUCUCGAAGGACAAAACCGAACUACAUUUUGCAACAAAUCAUUUAGGUCAUUUUCUUUUGACGAAUCUGUUGCUGGAGACGAUGAAGAUUACUUGUCACGAACAAAAAACUGAAGGAAAAAUCAUCAACAUAUCAUCCGAAGCUCAUCGUCUUGUGCGCAAUCCAACUUUCUCUGAUCAAAUUAACGACGAAUCAAGUUAUAACCAUAUAUAUGCUUAUGGAUUAUCAAAACUGGCUAAUAUACUUCAUGCGAGAGAAGUAUCGAGGCUUUUGAAGGAGGAAGGAGUCGAUUAUAUCACCACAAACUCAUUACAUCCAGGAUUCAUUAUCACCGAUCUUUUUCGUAACUAUAGUAUUUUGUCGGUAAUCUUCAACUCUGUUCUCAAAUACAUGGCAAAGGAUGUUUCACAGGGAGCUGCAACUACAUGCUAUCUGGCAUUGAAUCCAAAGGUGAAAGGGGUGAGUGGUGAGUAUUUUUGUGACAGUAAUUUGGUAAAACCAUCGUCGAAAGCUGCGGAUCCUGAGUUAGCAAAGGAGUUGUGGGAGUUUAGUUUGACUUUGACCGCCUCCAAAUGAUGUACAAAGAUACUUAACCAAAAAUUUUCUUUAAUACCAUAUUAUUAAAAACUUCGAAGUCGAAA